AUGUCUCUGUCCGUCCACCCCGCAACCACCGCCGACAUCCCUCGCAUCCUCGACAUCCAAUCCGCCUCGCUCAAGCAAAGCGGGUUCUUCCGUGCAUGUGGUGAAAUCAGCAACCCCGAUGGCCUCCAGGAUCAUGAUCAAAUAUAUCCCGAACCUCGACGCCGAGAACUUCAGGCAAAACGCCUCAUCCAACUGAUGCAGAAUGACCCGGGAUUCUACUUGCUUAAAUGCGUCGAUGACGAGACAGGCGAGAUCCUAGCGUUUGCAAAGUGGAAUGUUUACGUUGGCGGGCCUGAAGCACUGGAGAGGUGGAGGGAACAGGUGAAGACGGGUGAAGAUAUGGUCGUUCCGGAGGGAGCGAAUGUGGAGGGAUAUAGAUAUUGUAUGGGGAAGCUGUUUGAAAAUCGGAAAUUGUUCUUUGGCGAAGGGCGAGAGAAUUGUGUGCUUGCAUUGUUGGCUACUGAUCCAGCGCAUGAGCGUCGCGGCGCAGAGGCGUAUCUGGAGGCCUCGCAGAAGGGAUAUCCCGUCUACCUACGACGCGGGUUUGAGGUAAUCCCGUCAACUGAAAAGCAAUCUGCGGACCUGCACUUUGAUGCUAGCAAAUUUACUGGUAGAGGCCUAGGGGAAGGAGGACAGGGAGACUGGGCGAGACUGAAGUUGAUGGUACGAAAGCCGAAGUCCAUGCAAGUAUGA